AUGAUCCAUCAAUUGCAGCUCUUGCUCGUGGCUGGUUACUGCACCUCCGUCGUCAGCUUUGUGAAUUCUCCGGGCGCACGCCAAAAUGUACCUCAUAUCCAACACACGAGAACUAAUCAGCGUGAUCUCCUCGAACCAUCCAACCGCUUCGGCUUAGAGCUGGGAGCAACCGUUGUAGCCAGUGAUGAAGUUUCCGAAGCAUUUGAAGCUGAAGAUGAGCAACAAGAUUUGGUAGUUGGUUUCAUUGAAAUGAUUCUAAGCGAAACUCCUCGCGGAGAGAUGAAGUCCGAAGAUCUUAAAUUGAUUCGAGAGAUCAUGGCCAACUUUCCUGCCGGAGCUGGCGAAUGGGAACCAGCGACAGUCGUUGAGUCCCUCAUGAUUCGGUUGAUGAAUGAAUGGGAACAAGCUUUGCGAGACGAAGAUACGGAACGAGAAGAAAUUUUCCGCCCUAUUUCUAGUGAUUUCCAAGCUGCCAUUGCGCAAUGGGCGAAAUCAGAUAACGACGACAAAGUCGUCAAAGUUCUUGCAUUGCUGUCGGAUCAGCGAGAACUCUUCGAGGAUGGCUUGGUUUCUGUCCGGCCCAACAUUGCGACUAUCAACUCCGUAUUGAGAACACUUGCUGUGUCGCGUGAACGAGGACUUGACCGAAGAGCAACUGUGGUCUUUGAAUCCAUUAAUCAUUUUGGUUUGGCUCCAGAUGCCGAUGCCUAUGAGUCGAUGAUUACCGUUCUUGCAAAAAGUAGGAGUCAAGGUGCCGCUGGGCGUGCCGAGAAACUUUUGCGAGAGGCAGUAGAACAAUUUCCACCCCAAAUGGUCGACGGCCGUGUGAAAGGAAUCUCAAAGGAUGCUUUUAACAGUGUAGUCAUCGCCUAUGCCAAGAGCCGAGACGGCAAUGGCCCCGAAAAGGCAGAAGCAAUCAUUACAUUGAUGGAUCAGAUUGAUACUGAUAAUGGAAGUCUCGGAGUGUGCUCUCCAUCCAUCAAUACGUUUACGUCGUUGAUUGAUGCGUAUGGCCAAAAGAACGAGUGGGAGUCAACCAAUUUAGCAGAUCGAAUGUUGAAUAAGUUGCUGGACGAGUUCCUUGAUGGCAACGAGGACUUAGAGCCAAAUAUUGCCACUUGGACUAUCGUCAUUAACGCUUGGGCAAGACUAUCCAGGAAGAAUCGCCAUGGGGCUGCGGAACGAGCUGGUCGUCUGCUAAAGCGGAUGGAAGAUCUUCACCAAUCCGGUAAAAUUAGCUGCAAACCGGAUGCGAUUGCCUAUGUCACUUGCAUGAAUGCUUAUGCUUUCAGUAAAGGCGGCGAUGGAGCACCCGAAGCGGAGCAAUUGCUCGAUGAGAUGAACGAAUGCUACUUGGACGGCGACGACUCAAUGAAGCCAUCAGCGAGAUCUGUAAGGAUUGUAAUAGAUGCUUAUGUGAAGAAUGGCGACAUGGUUGCAGCCGAAGAUCUCCUCGACAAAUACGAGGACUACUUGGUCUCAGAAGGCAAUGAUGAGGAGUCCUCUGACAAUUUGAAAGAUGUCUACAAGUCACUGCUCUUUGGGUACACGCAAAGUGGUGAUGCACAAGAGGCUCAAAAUUACCUCGAGUACAUGGUCGAGAAGAACUUGAAACCGGAUUGCUCUUCCUUUAAUGGAGUCAUUGACGCCAACACCCGCACUGAUGCAGAAGCAAAUUUGAAAAAAUCACAACAAGUCUUUCAACUAAUGGAGAAGUCGUUCCAAGCCGGAGAAGUUGAACCAACUGAAAGAGUUUACAAUACUUUCAUUCGGGCUCUUACAAAGGGAAAGGCCCCUCAAAUGUACAAAAAGGCUGACCUUCUAUUGCAAAGAAUGAAGAAGUUGUAUGAUUCGGGAGUCACAAGCCUCGAGCCUACAAUCUUCACCUACAAUGCAGUCAUCUUUGCUUGUUCGGAAAGCGCAGAUGUUGAAGGAUCAUCAAAAUCUGAUGCCUUCAAGCAAGCCUUGGCGACGUUCUCUGAGGUUAAGAGUAGGGGCAUGAGACCAGACCAUGUCACGUUCGGGAAUAUGAUCUCAUGUUCUCGACUCUUGCCAGAGGGAGAGAAGAAGACGAAAUUCGUUGAGACGAUGUUCCAUCUUUGUCGCGAUGCGGGGUGUGUCAACAAUUUUGUACUUCGGGAUCUUGAAGCCAGUGUUUCCGAGGAUGAAUGGCGAGCUCUGCUGAAUUGCGCACCCGGGAGUAUUGAUUUCGAGAAUUUGCCAAAUGACUGGUGGCGCAUGAUUGAUACAGGAAAGAAUCGAGGAAGCUUUGACGAGAAUCCAACAGGGCGACCCCGAAAUGAUAGCCGAGGAGGAGGCCGAGGGGGAGGUCGAGGUCGAGGAGGUGGGCGAGGAGGGGGCCGAAAUGAUGGCCGAGGAGGAGGACGAAGAUUCUAG